AUGGAAGAAGCACUCAGGCUUCUUAACGGUGUGGAACCUGACCAGAAGAAGUGCUCUGCCACCACCAAGAAGACCACUUCACGCGAAAACGGAGGCGGCAGCGGUGGAGUAAUGAGGUACCGCGGUGUCCGGCGUAGGCCGUGGGGCCGUUACGCAGCUGAAAUCAGGGACCCGCACUCGAAGGAGCGGCGGUGGCUGGGGACGUUUGACACGGCGGAGCAAGCUGCCUGCGCCUACGACUGCGCCGCACGUGCCAUGCGCGGUGCCAAAGCUCGCACCAACUUUGUUUACCCAACUUCUCCACCUCCUCCUUCUUCUCCUUCCGCCACCGCUCACCACCUUUUCCCUCCCACCUUCAACUUCCCCAAACAACCCUUCAACAAAACCACCACCGCCGCACACACCCGCCACGUGGCAACUACUUGUUGGCCGGAGCCUCACUCUGUUGACCUUUCACCUUCUUCUUCCAUCGACAUGCUUCUGUUUCGUGACUUUGUCAACUCUUCUUCUAACCCUUCUCUUGUUGCUUCUUCACCUAAGUAUUUUUAUGAAGAAAUAUCUUACAAAAAGGCUAGUAGUUCUUCUGUUCCAUCUUGCUGUGCCUCUUCAUGUAACUGUUUCUCAGGUUGUAGCUGCUGUAUGAUGAAUUCUCAUGGAAGCAUGGGUGCUAAUAGCCUUGUUGGUAGCUCAUCUUCUUCUUGUUCUUCUUUGACCAUGAACACCAGCAACAACAACCCCAAAAUCGCUGAAGCUGAUUAUGAAGACUCUGAAUUUUUCCCUAGAGAGUCUUCUGACUCUGGUUUGUUGGAGGAGGUCGUUCAGAGGUUCUUGCCUAAAUCAAAGCCGAAAGUAGAGUCUCUCUGCAACACUGAAACCAUGGAUGAGAUGAAGAAGGGGCUUCCCAAGAAGGAGAGUUUCAGUGACUGUUCUAAUCAUCACCAAGGUUUCGGAAUGCAGCAAUUUGACACCCUGAAUGGGUAUAACACACUGCAUGGUAUGCCUGUGGGGAGUGCACAACAAUUCAUGAUGAACAAUGCAGAGUCUUACUCUAUCAUGGAAGAUGUUUAUCAGUACCCGGAGCUUCUCAAUGCUUUUGCACUCAGGAUGCAGAAUGCUUAG